AUGCCUCAUGCGUUGACGGCAAGUCGCACCGACAGAAACCCAUCGCCCACCAGCUCCUCCUCCACAGAGCAGUACCACCCGAUAAGGCGGCCACCAGCUGCCCCACCUGGCAUCGCAGUCGCAGCGGCGCAUCACGAGCUGUACCACAGCGGAACACAUUCUUAUGCCUUAGAGCCAGACGAGCACGAGGACAUCAACAACCUCACCAUGCCCGUGCCAACCCACGUGAAACAUCAAGCGGCGUCCUCCUCCCCGCGGGGGCAUCAGAAACAGCAGCACACGGUACUCUCCCCAUCCCGUCUGUGGAGCCCAGCCCGCAGCACCGGUGCCAGGGCCGGACAGACCACACCUUCCGCGGUGCCAUGUCCUUCAUACCACGCAGCGUCACCCCCGCGAUCACCGCCCGUCCCCUCUUCCCAUUCCCACGCAUCGCGCACAGGUAUCGUUAACGGCAGCGGCUACCACCACUCGACUCGGAAAACGGCACUACUGCGCACACCAGAGCUGGUGUCAUUAUCGCCAACUACGUCUCGGCAACCCCCGCAGCGGCGCUCCCCUUGCAUGAGCCGUCAAAGCACCUCUGUCUUCACCGAGGCAGCGCCGGCCACCAAGAAAACGACGCUACUGCUGCCAGCACCGCUGAACACCACCUCCGCCACUCCAUCUACGUCCGGACAUGUUGCAACCGGCGCCGCCGCGGCCCCUGUUGCUGCUGUACCCUCAGACUCCCAGCCCUCCAGCACCGCCCAGUGGCAGCUGAGCUCUCCAGGAGGGUACAGGCAUCGCAGUGAUGGCCACGUGCCUCAGCGUGGUGCCGUCUUCGCGUACGCCUCCGAAGCGGUCAAUACCCUUGAGCUGCAGUACGGCGACGCCCUUCAGCGCCUCAAUAGAAUGCACCGCCUCUACGACCGGCUGGAUGAGCACAACCUCACCCUCGCGUCCGAGUUGAAGCGGUUGCGGCAGGUGAACGACGUCCUGCAGAACGGUGUUGCGUUUCCGCUGUAUAACAGCGUGCGGCUAGUGAAACAUGAGAUGAAGCUGCUGAAGCAAUACGUUGAGCUGCUGUGCUCCAGCUUUAACAAUCAACUUGUAGUGCUGCAGCAGGUCGUCGGUGAGGAGCUGCCGCGCUUGCUUGGCCGGUACGACCCCUACACGUCGCUGCUGGCGCACGGUGCGGAGGGGCAGCUCCAACCGAUAGAAACGCGAGUGUCGAUCGGCGCGGCGAGCGGUGAGGCAAGCCCGUUAGGGCGCGUCAUCAAAGAGCCUUGCCUGGUGCUUGGUCGUCAUGUCAGCGGGGCUGGUGGCACCGUUGCUGCGGGCACGCAGCUCUACAGCCCAGAAUACUGGUGGAACGCUAUGUCGCCGCAUUCAAUGCGGCCGCCGACCGCCACUGACACUCGGGAAGCACCGGCAGAGGUGGAGGCUUACAGAUGCGCUGAUGUCGUCGAUGGCCGCGGUGAUGGUAUCACAGAGGGUGAGCGAGCCCUUUCACAGCAAGGCCAGCUGUCUCUUAGCAAUGAAGACAGCAAAGAGUGCAAUGUCCCGAGUCAAUCGCCACAAGAGGCAUUGGUGUCGCGCCGCGCCUACCAGGAAGUUCGGGCAGCCCUUGCAGAUGCCCAGCGGCGCGUCGCCGAGCUUGAGCAGGCAACUUCGAGUCACCAAGGAGACUACGAGAAUCGCAUUGCGCAGCUGAAGGCUGCACAUCGAGCCAAGGAGACGACACUGAAGGAGGAACUCGCGCUGCUGCGUCGGCGGGCUGAGGGGACGCAGGAAGGUGACCCACAGCAAACCGCUCUUGCAACGAGGCCGGCGGGCCAAGCAGGUAACCUAGUGACGCCUGUAGAUGUCAAUGAGCUGGCGCAGCUGCUGCUUGAGCGUCAAUAUCAGCAACCCACAGCCAAGCAACACCCCAAUACGUCGUCGACGGCAUCAAACCCCGCCUCGACGUGGAGGCCGGAAGAUGCUGACGAGACAACAAGACAGGUAGAAGGCCAGUGCGACAACGAAGGCGUGACCACCACCACUAACGGUUCCGGUCGCGACUAUCACUGCCGCACUGCCCGCCCGUGUGCCGCUGCUUCCGCCUCUGCCUCGAACACAGAUGACGACAACAAUUAUGUACGGCACUCCUUUGACCGCAGAGGGGCUGAUGGUAGCGUGCACACCCCAGACUGCAACUUGCCGUCCUCCGCAGCGGGUCGUGUCCAGCGUGCCCGUGAGGUCCUUGGCUGCGAGCAGGGGCAGCGAGCUCAGACCUGCAGUAUCAGCAGCCACCAUCAAAGGGAAAAGGUAGAGGCAUCAAAGAAAGCCAGCGCCACAACCAUCGCGCAGCACUCGCUCGCGUACGAUCGGUUGAUGGGUCACUCGCAUCCUCCCUCGAGAAGCUUGGAAGGAAACGCUAUUCAUACUGAAAGCUCCGCAGCGCGCAUGCAACCGUGCAAGGCCAGUGAUGCGAACAGUCAUAGUGUGUCGCGGCGCAGAUCCCGCCACUGUCGGCAAAGCACAGGUGGUGCUGUUCGGGACGCGCGACAUGACGUAGCCGCGGACACCGAGCUGCUGCAGCUACUGCUGGCACAGGUAGCGGCCAUCGGUGCGCAAGCCGGCUCACAGUGCGCGGCGACUGUGCCUAAGCGCGUGCCGCCUGCGCCAAACCAUCUCGACACCACUGUGAAUCGGGUGGCACAGGGUAUUUGGGCGCAGAAGCGUCUCAAGGAGCGCCACUACCUAUAG